AAGGGGAAGAAAUUGUACAGUACAAACACCUACUGCCUGAAUUGAUAUUUGCACAAAUCUGCUUUAUUAUGUACCAUCAUGGCACCGAAAAGAAAACAAAGUGAUACGGAGGAAGGAAUUGACUUUAAAUUCACGCAAUUUCAAAUCGUACCCCCCAUCAAUCAGAAAAACUUCUAUACAGAUUAUUUGAAACGAGAUGAUCAAAUGUACAUUUGGAGAGAUACGGCUAGUGCCAAGGAUGGAGAACCUGAUACAACGAUAGGAGACGUCAAACAAGAAGAUUCAAAAAAGGCUGCCGAAGAAGAAGAGGAUGGCAUGGAAGAAAAUACACAAGAAGGAGAACAGAGAGAUGCUAAAACAGUGGUUAUACAUGUAGGAUCCCAAAAUCUUCGUAUAGGAUUAGCAUCAGAUCACUCCCCUAAGACAGUCCCCAUGGUUGUCGCUAGAAGAAUGAACACUGUUUUUGAACAUUCUCACCUCGUAUUGUCUGAAAAGUGCAAAGAAAGCAAGGAUCGCAGCCUGCGAUUUGACGAACAAUUUGAAAGUAAUUUGGGAUUAUUACAAUCGGAAUUAAAGGCUCGACUAAAGGCGCAAAAAAAUCGUCCUGUUCCCAAUGGUACAGAGCUCGUCAAGAACUUUAAUAAAAUAUCAAAGCCAGAAGUCAUUCCGUCUCACGAAGAUCCUCAAAAGCCGAAUUGGACACGGUUUGAGAACGACCAACGACCAGACGUGCUAAUCGGUGAACAGGCUUUACUACUUCCAACUAAAGAAUACCCGGAAUAUAGACUAUACUAUCCAAUAAGAAAUGGAUUAUUUAAUGAAAAUGAUUAUGAAUCUUCUCAACAAUUGCUUUCAGAUAUAUUUGAGAUAUUGAAGUACUCUAUCUCCGACCUGUUACAAAUACCGCUUUCGCAGUUACCCCAGUACUCUGCCAUCUUCAUAGUUUCGGACCUUUAUGAUCGCAUCUAUAUAGAAAGGUUCUUAGACCUUUUAUUUUAUGACCUUCAGUUUGGAAAAACCGCCAUUGUGCAAGAGUCCCUAUGUACGUCUUUCGGUGCUGGAAUGUCUUCUGCUUGUGUUGUUGACGUCGGUGCCGAGAAAACGUCAAUAAGCUGUGUGGAAGAGGGUAUCGUAAUACCAAAUUCGCGAAUUAAUAUCAAGUACGGAGGAGAUGAUAUAACACUAUUAUUCGCAAAGCUACUGACAAAAAGCCAUUUCCCUUAUCAUGAAAUGGACCUUUCCCUUCCUUAUGACUGGAACUUGAUGCAAAGCUUAAAGGAAAAGUACUGUGGCAUUAGCCAAGGAACUUAUAAUAUUCAGUUAAAUGACUUUCAUUCACGUACUCCAGAUGAUGGAACUAAAAAGUACUCCUUUAAGGUUCUUGAUGAAACAAUCCUUACUCCUUUUGGAUAUUUUCGUCCGGACAUUUUUGAAAAUGGAAGAAAAUUGAAGGAUAGGUACAAGCUUUUCCCUGUUCCCGUCGAUGUCUAUGAAAACCAGCCUAACAAUCCAGAGUCACUUGCACAGACUACCUUGUUACAAAUUUCUGCUCCUUUAUCGUCUAAGGAAGAAGAGGAAGCGUCUUUGGAAGAUUCUGCGAAACAUGAACUAAGCAGUAGUAAAAGGCCAAGGGUGGUACAUUUGGGGUCCCUUGCUUCUCCAGAGAAAAUCAAGGAGAAGCUCGUUUAUCCUUUGGAUGAUGCCAUUAAUCAAAGUAUUUUUAGUGCUUGUGAAGGAAACUUGGGUGAUCAGGCAAAGAAUUUAUACUCUAGUAUAUUGAUUGUUGGAGGCGGUGCAUUGUUUCCUGGAUUUUCGCACCUUUUGGAGGAACGACUGCAAUCCAAGCGAGCAAACAUUCCAAACGUUGCUGUGCUACCACCUCCUCGUGGGCUAGACGCGCAGAUUGUUGCUUGGAAAGGUGGUUGCAUAUAUAAUCGUUUACGUAUUGUUUCUGAAUUCUGGAUUAAGGCUAGCGACUGGAGAAUGUUGGGAAGCAGAGUAUUACAAUAUAAAACAUUGGGAUAUUUUUGGACUGGAUGAUGUUGUUUCUUGUACAAUGGCAAGCUCAGUAUGUCAUCUUUACUUUUUCAUGAUUACCAAGUCAACGCCUUAUUUAUAGAAAUUUAUGGUAAUUCUAUCUAGAUUAUUUCAAUGCAUAUUUUGUGCUAUAAAAUAUCUAAAAUCAACGAAAAGUUUUCAUUUCUGUUUCUAUAUGACUCGCUGUGUGCAAUUCCUGCAACUUUAACUUCUCCAUAUAAUUUUACUUUUUGUAAAUGUUUAUUAUCAAUAAGAUUAGGAUUAAACAGGUUUCAAAAAAGUAAACUCCCAAGGCGAGACUCGAACUCGCAACCUUCUGAUAACCUUCUUAAGAGUCAGACGCUCUAAACCGAUUGAGCUACCCGG